AUGGCAGUGGUACGACCCAAAGUCGAUUCGGACGGCACGUGGCACUUUUUCGAUGGGGCGCUCAAGACCUACUUUGUCUCGGAAACCAAGGACUCGUUCACCUCUGGUCAGAUUUUUCGUGCCAAGGAUCCACACUCGGGCGUAGGCAGGAACAGCACUGCUACGCCACCUUACCACAUUCACCUCUACCAAGCCGAGACGUUCGACGUCAAGCAAGGCACGCUGUGCUACCUCAUCGAUGGUAAGCAGGGCAAGCUGCAGGCGGGGGAGAAGGUCAACAUCCCACCCUAUCGACCGCAUACCUUUUGGUCUGAUCCGGAGAGCGGCAAGGAUUUGCAUGUUCACAUCACCGUUCGUGGCGGUCCUAACCCUGGUUUCGACGAAGACUUUGUGCACAACUUUUACGGCUACCUCAGCUCGCGUACCAUGGCAGGAAAGGGACCCAAUCCGUUCCAGAUGCUCCGCUUCCUCGACGAUGCCGAUGUGAUCCUCGUACCACCUCUUCCCUUCUCCGGUCUACUGCGUUCGUUCGGAUUGCUGUGGCCUAUCGGAAGGACGAUCAACAUUGUGUUUGGUCGCAUCAUCGGUGGUUGGUUGCUCGGCUAUCCGACUCGCUACAAGCAGUUUGACGACGAGGCGCUGCAGAGCAUAGCUGCGCUGCUCAUCAUGUCGUCUCAAGAACAGGCUAGCUCCGGUCCCGACACCAGCGCCACCACUGCCGUCGAGUCCAAUCCAGGUUCCGUCUCGCUCUCCGAGUCUGCCCAUUCAAUCGUGCCACCGUCGGGCUCCGAGACUGCCGUCACCUCGUCGUCCCACUCGCCUGUUCACAAACCAGCCGACGCCGACGACGCCUCGGAAGCCGACAUACAGGCUCGCAUCGAACGAAAGAGGUUGGAGCACGAAAAGCAGCGCGCCAUGCACCAAAAGGCUUUCGAGCAGCAGAUGGCCCUCUUGGAGAAGCAGCAGCGCGAAGAAGAGCAGACUCUCCUCUCCCAGCGUUCUUCCUCCAAUACCGCCGCUGCCUCUGCGCCCGCCACGCCGCCCAACGAACAAUCCUCUCAACCUAAGCGCUCGGCAGACGAGCUCGCCUCGGCCGUCGGUGCCAUGUCCAUCGCAGCCAAAGUCGGUGCCAACGAAAAGGGCGAAAACUUAACGCCCGUCUUCAAUGAGCAGUUUCUCUUUGACGACGAGCUGGACAACGAAGAUUCUGCUUUCGUCAAGAAGUACAACCUCAAGGCAAACGACGACCAGUUCCCCGUCCUCGUCCGCCGCGAUGCCGAAGCCCAGAAUGCCUCUCGUGAUGCUGACUGGCCCAAAUUCGGCGGUGCCAACGCCAACAGCACCACCACCACCGAUGCGGCUGGCGACGCCGCCGAUACCUCUGCAUCAUCCUUGCGUGGCUCGGUCGCGGGCAAGUCGCCUCCCCCUGGGCCUGGCACGCCCAACAUGGCCGCCUCCUUCGGCAGCAGUGUCGGACGUCAGCCCAGCGCUUUCCCUCUGCCUUCACCCUCGCCGCGUCUCUCGCAGACUGGCCGAUCGUCGCCUGCGAUCGGUGCUACCACUUUUGCCGGCGUCGUAUCUCGACAGCCCAGCGGCCCUGCCUCGCCUUCGCCUGGCCUCGGUGGGCUCAGUGGCGAUGUCGGGCGUUCGGGAGGUGGCUCGCGCUUUGUCAACACCGCCGUCUCGAUCCCUGCCGCCACCGCUAACCUCAAGAACCAGAACAUGGCCGCUGCUGCUGCUGCCGCCGCCGCCGCCGCCGCCGCCGGUGGGGCGGGAGGAGCCGCUUUCCCCAGCUUCAACCUUGGCGCCUUUUCGAGCGCUUCGUCCGGCAGCGAGAGUCCCAGCCGUUUCGGGACCUACUCGCCCAGCAACUUUGAUGCUGGCGCCGUCGAGGCACGCCGCGGAAGUCGACCCUCGUCCGGCUACUACGAUGCCUUCAACCCGACCGCCGGUGCCAACGUGCCAGGCUCGCUCUUCCCCACCGACAAGUACUCGAUGGGCAUGGUGGGUGCCGACGAAAAUGCCAAGCUCGGCGGAGGCGGCCCCGCCCUCGUCAAGCAUGCGCGCAAAGGCGAGCUGGACGCUACCACGCAGCUCGAAGACCUGCAGGGAGACAUCUUUGCGCUGUGCAAGGACCAGCACGGCUGUCGCUUCCUUCAGAAGAAGCUCGAGGAGAGCAACCCUGCGCACCGCGACAUGAUCUUUUCCGAAACGUUUACCCACUUUGCCGAGCUCAUGACGGAUCCGUUCGGCAACUACUUGUGCCAAAAGAUGCUCGAGUACUGCACCGACGAGCAGCGGAACCUCAUCGUGGAGCUCGUGGCGUCGGAGCUGGUCACCAUCUCGCUCAACAUGCACGGUACGCGCGCGGUGCAAAAGAUGAUCGAUUUCCUCUCUACGCCGCGUCAGAUCCACUCGAUCAUCGUGGCGCUCUCGAUGAAUGUGGUGACGCUCAUCAAGGAUCUCAACGGCAACCAUGUGGUGCAGAAGUGUCUCAACAGGCUUGGAGCCGAGGACAAUCAGUUUAUCUACAACGCCGUGGCCGCGCACUGCGUCGAGGUGGCGACGCACCGACACGGUUGCUGCGUGCUUCAGCGAUGCAUCGACCACGCAUCUGAGGCGCAGCGCGUGCAGCUGGUGGCCGAGAUCACGUACAAUGCGCUGACGUUGGUUCAGGACGCGUUCGGAAAUUAUGUGGUGCAGUACGUGCUGGACCUGAGCAUCCCGCGGUUCACGGAUGCGGUGGUGCGCCAGUUUGUGGGCAACGUGUGCCUGCUUUCGGUGCAAAAGUUUAGCAGCAACGUGAUCGAAAAGUGCAUCCGCGUCUCGGAGCCUGGCGUGCGCAAGCAGCUGAUCGAGGAGCUGCUCAACCGCACGCGGCUGGAGAAGCUGCUGCGCGAUUCGUUUGCCAACUACGUGGUGCAGACCAGCUUGGAUUAUGCGGAUCCGGUGCAGCGGAUGCGACUGGUGGAGUGCAUCCGACCCAUCCUGCCGGUGAUCCGCAACACGCCGUACGGCAAGCGGAUCCAGAGCAAGCUGCAGCGCGACAAUCUGGAUCUGGGACCGCCGAACGGGGUGCCGUAUUCGGUGCUCCACGCUGCCCACCAGCAGCAGCUGCAUGCUAUGGCGGCUAUGGCUGGCGGUGGUGGUGGCGGUGGAGACAGAGGUGGAAGGGGUGGUGGAUACAUGGAAGCGAUCCUCCGUCCACCACCACUUGAGCUGCUACAUCGAGACGGCAGCUUGCAUCGUAUCGACCGUCGGUUCGGUCAGCAGCGAAACAGUAGAAGGGCCUUACACAGCGAAGCACUGCAGAAAGAGACAUCGCCGGUUGUCGCUGCAAAACGUUUCAUUGCGCCGCCGCCGUCUACGACGCCCCCACUUGGAGCCGGAACAGACGACGUCGACGACACCUUCUCGACCGACAACUUACGACUCCUCGACGCGGUCACGAUCGAACACAAGGUCUUCCGUCGUUGA